AUGCCAUGCUCAACCAGCUCAAAGAUCAAUGCUCUUGAUGUAGAAUGUCUCACCAUUGGCAAAGGCGAGGAGGAGAAACUCGAAGUACUGAGCGUGAGGAAACAUAAGCCCCUCUUCAGCUCCGGAGAGCGCCUCGCCUACAUCGACCUGACCAAGGGACCCGAAGUCCAGAGAACUGACCAGCUGGACGACCAGACCACCGCCACCGGGGUCAUCUUCAACACGCCGGGACAGGACUCGUUCCUCAGCCUGACUGUGAUGUACCCUGGGUGGUCAGACGGCUGUGUGCACUAUGUGUGUGUGGCCCGCACCCAGGCUGGGAGACUCCGGCUCAGCAGGGUCUACGUCAGAUCCACACGACCCACCAGCUCCACGCUGGCGCAGGCGUUGAGGGACCUUAGCGGCCAGCUGGAUAGCUUGACUGCCGCUGCCGCUGCCACGCCCUCCUCCUCCUCUUCCUCCUCCUCAUCCCCAUCCUCCUCCUCCUCCUCCUCCUCCUCUUCCAGUGGGGCUGGGGAGUCUGGUAGUUGCAGAAAAAGGAGUGACUCCGCCGUGGCAUCUGCUUUGGUCCAAACUCUGUACACAGAGUCCGGGGUGUAUAACGGGUCCACGUACUUCCUACCUAGCUACUCACCCUCCACGUAUCUAGUGGCCGAGCCGGCUUGUCGAGGGCUGGGCGGGAUCCUAGCUCAGAUCGACGAUGAAGAAGAGUACGAGUUCGUGAAAAACUUCACCUUGCCCAUCCUCUCGGACAAGGCCAUCGUGUUGCUAGGGGCGACGGACGAGGCGGAGGAGGGCGUGUGGGUGAACCGGGUGGGCGGGGGGCCGGCGGGUGUGCUGGACUGGGUGCCCGGCGGGGCGGUGCCGGAUAACCUGAGGGGGGACCAGGACUGCCUGGCCCUGGUGAAGAACUUUCGCGGCACGCCGGGCAUCCGGAUGAACGACAUGCAGUGUAACUUUAAUCCUUACAGAGAUAUGGACUGGAUCCAUAGCUUCUUGUGCGAGGUCAAGGUGGAGGAGAGCGUGCUCUAUACUGAUUGUUGAAGGGAAAGAGAGGGGG